AUGCCAACCUGCUUAAAUCACAUUAGAAAGUAUCUCGAAAUCAGAAAAUGUCAAACUAAUAGCUUUUUUAAUCCCCUGGUUAAUACACAGGCUUCUUCAAACACUUAUCUUUAAACUCAAUCUAACCAAUAAAUAAUGACAUAAAAUUAAUCGAUAAUGUCAAUAAGAAGUGACAUUGAGAAAAUUCGGAGAGAUAUAUUUACAAGAAGAUAAACUUAGCUUGAAAGAGGAGAAAUUCUCAAAUAACUUAAUAGUAAUUCUUAAGAAAAUCUUAAUCUAAAAUCAUUAACAUAAAAGAAGAAACUUUAACUAAGAUUGAAUGAACCGAAUCCCUAUUAGCAAGUGUAAUUUCAGUCUUAGUUACUAGCAAGUCUCCCUUAAACUGUUCAAAAUAUUAAGCAUAAAGCUUAAAAGUAUCAACCAAAAAAGAGAAUAAAAAUCUAUCAAACUUAGCAUUAAGAACUCGAUAAUGGUGUCAUAAUGAUAACUGCUGAUAAUGAAGAGUUUGACAACAAGGAUCCUUAUUUUAACAUUCAAUAGAAUCCAUAAUUUCUACCAUCUAAAGGAAAGCAAGCCAAUUAAGCAAGUCGCUAUUUCAAUCAAUAUAUGCAAACAGAGUCAAGUUAUUUUCCAACUCAAGGAGCUGAGAGUGUAUAAACUUCGUUAUAAAAUGAGGAGGAAAAAUCUUAACAGUUUAUAAAGUAACAAAGGCAUAUUGAUGAGUAUCAGAUUGAGGACUAAGAGAAUAUGGAGCCUUAAUCUUAUCCACGACCCAGUCCGAAGCACAAUAAAUCUGGCAAGAAAAUAAGAAAGAUUAAAAUAAGAAGAGCUAAUAGAGGGUAAUUCAAUAAUAAUAAGAUAGGCUAGAUUGAGAUUAACAGCAUCUCAUCUUUCGCCAACGGCUAUUAAUCAGCUAAAAAUUCUAGUAGCAUUGUAUCAUUUAGAACUGACCAACUAAUAAAAAAGUCUCAAACACCAUUGUAUUGCUGUAGAGGCUUCAAGUAGUGUGCAAUAUUUUGA